AUGGAGAUUAUAAAUGAUUCUUCAUAUGAAGGUUGCGAUGGUUACCGGGAAGUUGUUGAAUACGGAAAGAAUAAAAAAUAUAAAAAUCACAAUCAUUGUUAUAAUGAUGUGCAAGUUGGCAACAACAACGAUGGUGAUGAUAUUGUCAUUGAAAAAACAGAAAUUUGUAUGGAUCAGCAUCGUUGUGAUAUGCCUGGGCAAUACCCAAUUGAAUCCAAAUCAGAACAUGAAGAAAUGAUUCGUGAAAAAGAGAAGGGUGGGGAGGAAGAGAAAAAGAAUAAGAAUAAGGAUAAGUUGCAGCAAGUUGGCAACAACAACGAUGGUGAUGAUAUUGUCAUUGAAAAAACUGAAAUUUGUAUGGAUCAGCAUCGUUAUGAUAUGCCUGGGCAUAAUUCUAGUGAUUCCAAUAAUUCAAAUCAAUAUUUGUCAAAUAAUAGAAAAGCCACUCGUAAUUAUCUUAACAAUGAAUAUUCAAAUAGUAACUCUACAAUUAUAAAUUCAAGAAAAAAUCAAUUAAAACCCAAUCGGUCUCCAAAAUUCUUAGCACUCAAUAUAAUACUUGGAAAUAAAAAUACUAGCAAAUAUUUUGACAUGAGGCAAGAGGAUUAUGAUGGAUUUGUCUUACAUGAAUUCAUAUAUGAUGCAUUUGAUAAAAAUGCAGGAUAUUAUUUUGAAACAGAAUUUCGAAAUCUUGUACAAUUUAUUCUAGAUUGUUCGUUGAAUUGUUGGAUAAACCAAUUCGGAAUUGUGGUGAUUUUAAAUGUGGACCCCAGAGAAAUGAGAAUGGUCUCUUUAACAGGAUUUAUAAAAAGCAUUCGCAAUAUUUGUGAUAUUCAUACAAUAGAUAUUAUCGUGAUAAGAGAAGUUACCGAAUCAAGUUUAGCUUAUACCCAACGUGAACUUCGAGGGGCCAGGGCUACGUUGUUAUUGGCUCAUAGAGAAACGAUGAAGGAUGCUUUUAUUUUACUUAUGGACCAUUUGUAUGAAUAUUAUAGCAGAUCAGGAAAAGGAGUAAUCAAAUUUUAUAAUAGGGACGAACUUUAUUAUGAGUUUACUAAUUUUUAUAAUCCAAUAAAGAAAAUAUCGAUAGAUGGUGCAGAUUGGCCAACUACUGAACAUUAUUCAAGAGAAGCAUUUUCAAUUGCUAGAUCAUAUGAUAAAGAGAAAAGAGCAAAUUGGGAAUCGGUGGUGUCAGAAGACAGGAAGAUAUUCAAAGAGUUAAUUAUGAAAAAAGCAUUAAAGUGUAAAUUUUCACAAUUUCACUAUUUACGAUUUAAAUUACUUUCUACGUGUGGUGCUGAGAUAAUAGAACAUACAUCGAAUGAUAGGUAUUGGGGAGAUGGUGGGAAUGGUGAGGGAUUAAAUAGAUUAGGUCAACUAUUAAAAGAAGUCAGGUCAGAGAUUUUUCAAGUUGAGCGUAACAGAUUAAUUAUUGAAAACAAUGGAUUUAGAUGUCGGGAUCAAAGAUGGCUUGUGCAUGAAUUACA